UUACCGAGAUAAUAACUCGUAGGGUCACGCAUUUUUGCCAGUGUCUUCUUACUUCUCGCCGGACACGGAAGCCCAUCGCAGUCGUCUGCUGACCACAGUUCGACCUUAUCUUCAGGUUUUAUCAAUAUUCGGUCUAGCACCUCCAUCCGUGUUUUUACCAGGACUUUGCAUAAUACCAAAACAAAGAUUUUUUUCAGUUUAAUGAAAGUUCUUGUGACCCACUUAACAUCUAAUGGAAAGUUCUUAACUUAAUUUAACUUAGUUUGAUCAUCUCAAUAAACUAAUUAAAGAAAAAGGGUUUGCUAAACUAUUAACUACCAAGCUUUGACUUUUAGCAGUGCCUUUUAACACCUCGACGGUCAUGGAAGUUAAUCGCAGUCGUCUGCUGACCACAGCUCGUCCUUAUCUUCAGGUUCUUUCCAUAUUGGGUCUCACACCUCCGCCUGUAUUUUUUACCAGGACAUUGCUCAAGCGACGUAGAGGCUACUUGAUAGCUGGAUACACCUGCUAUUUACUUGCAAUUCUUCUGGUGAUUAUCUAUGAGUGUUAUGCCAACAUUGUGGCCCUACACCAGGAAGUAGAUCUUUUCCGAGCGGAUGAUUUUAGCAGAGUUAUGGGAAGGACGCAGAAGGUUCUUGUGGUAGCCAUGGCUAUUUGCAACCAACUAAACAUGCUCUUCAACUUUCGCCGCCUGGCUCGAAUCUACGAGGAUAUUGCUGAUCUGGAGAAGGAUAUAAAUAAUUCUUUGCCGGGUUUCACUGUACGAGUGCACUGGUGGAGUUUUCGAUACCGAAUAGCUAUUUUCGUGGGACUGUGGAUAGUUCUGCUCGUAGGGCUUACACCACGCUUUACGCUUGUGGGACUUGGUCCCUUCCUUCACUGGACAAAUAAAGUACUCACUGAGCUCGUCUUGAUAAUGACUCAACUCAAAAGUGCAGAGUAUUGCGUGUUUGUUUUGCUGAUCUUUGAGCUAAUUCUGCAGUUGCGCCAUAUCCUCCAACAGAUCGUUAUAGAGUUAGAGGACUGUAAUUGCAGUACCAGGAUUCAAGAGAUGUGUGUGACCUUGAAGAGAAAUCAGUUGCUGGUUGGACGAAUCUGGAGUUUGGUGGGUGAGAUUGGCGAAUAUUUCACCUUGUCCAUGACUCUGCUGUUCGUCUACAACGGACUUACCAUCCCGCACGUUGUCAAUUGGGCUCUUAUAAAAUCCGUAAAUCCGAACGAUUGCUGUCAAUAUAUGCGCAUCGGUGUUACGCUUUUACUAUCGAUCAAUAUUUUUCUGGCCUGCUCUUACAGCGAAUUAUGCAUCCAAGCGUACAAUAGCAUCCCACGAAUUCUUCACCAAAUUUAUUGCUUGCCUGCUACGGAAGACUAUCAAAUGUUAAAAAUGGGUCUUAGGGAAUACUCCCUGCAAAUGCAACACCUUAAGCUCCGUUUUACCUGUGGCGGAUUAUUCGACAUCAAUCUCAAGUACUUCGGAGGGAUGGUGGUCACUAUAUUCGGAUAUAUCAUUAUUCUGAUACAAUUCAAAAUGCAUGUUUUCGCUCAAUCAAAAUACAUGGAAACUGCUAAUAUCAGCGAAUUGAAGGCAUUUAACGGUUAAUAAUAAUAUUAUUAUUUAUAAUAAUAAUAUUAUUUUAAUAUAUUUCACGAAGAAAAAUAAAUUACACAGUACAAUUUAACAUUGUCAUAUUGUAACAGCGACAUCUAGCGACAAAGCAAUUUAAAAUUCAAAGAUAUUAAAGUUAUUGGAUAUU